AUGCAGCAGCAGCAGCAGGAGGAGCAGCAGCAACGGCUUGUGCAGGUACUACAACAGCAGCAACAGCUACAGCAGCAGCAAGGGCCAGAUCUCAUGCGUCUCGAAAAAAUGAUAUUAGAGGUUAGCGAGGCGUGGGUGAUUGAGCGGCUGCUUGUGGCACUGGGAGCUGGCGAUGGCAGUCCGCUACUGCAGCGUGUACGACCGUUGUGCAGCUUCAGGAGCAACAGCGGCGAGCUGCCUCAAGUGCUGCAGAUAAAUGGCUGCCUGCGGCUGCUGCAUCUCUCAGCUGGUGCCCUCAAGAAUGCGGUGGGUGCCUUCCUCGCAGGAGCUUCGGCAGUCCUCCUGCUGCAUUUGCUGCUAAGCCGCGCAUUUGCUGCUGGUACGUCGCUGCAGGCGUUGCAGGAGCAACUGCACCAGCAGAAGCAGCAGCAGCAGGUCCCUAUAGGCGUGGCAACGCAUGCAGCCGCUGCUGCAGCGGCCGCUGCAGCAGCGGCUACCGAGCGGCAGCAACAUGGCUUGUUGCCGCGUUCUUUGGCGGAGUUGCUGCUCGAUCAGCCUCGGCAACAGCAGCCUCAGCAGCAGCAGCAGGAGGCGACGAAGGGGGGGUGGGGUCGGUGGUUGGAGCAGCAGCUACGCCCUGCACAAGGUCCUUGGAGUCGCAGUCUUGAGGCUUUUCUUUUUGCUGUGCAGCUGCUGGAGCGGCAGUGGACGGCGCAGCUGCAGCACAUCCGGCUGCUGCAGUUGCAAGCGCUUCAUGAGGAGUGGGGAUCUGCAUGCGACACAUACGACGCGCUGCAGCCUUCUGCAGCAACGGCAGCCUUGGCGACUGAGGGGCCUCUCCCUCCGCUGCCUUGUCUGAGCGAGGCAGGGAGCGCAGCGCGACACGCCUCCCCCUCCACUCGUCCCCCCACGCUGUUGUGGCUGCAGCAGCAGCUCAGCGGAGGACUGAGCUGCUGGACGGAGACGGCGGAGAUUCUAGAGGCUGCUCUCAACGCGGCGGCAUCCGACUGCAGCAGCAAGACAUGUCCACUCGACGCGUCGGCAGUCACGGGGGCGCUUUUGCGGCUGCUGCUGCAGCGGCUGCAGCACGCGGAACUGCGCGGCGAUCUGGUGCAGCAAAAGCUCCUUCGCUUCCUGCUGCUGCAUGCGUCAGCCCCCCUGCUGAAGCAUGUGGACUUGCUGCUGUGUUGCGGGAAAAGCUUGGACGGGCAGCAGGAGUUUCCCUGCGCAGAUGCGACUGCAGCCGCGGCAGGCUUCGUACGCAGCAGCAGCUGCUGGUGGGGUGUCUUGCGGCAGUGUCUGUGUGACGCGGCAGUCACUGGAAAUGCAGUGGCAGUGGCUGCAGCCUUGCGAGAUGCAGCUGGAACGCUGCGGCGAGAUGCAGGGGGGUCGAGGGGAGAGCAGCAGCAGCAGCAAGAGCUGCAGCUGCUGCUGAACGACUGUCCAUACACGGCUGCUGCAGCAGCCGCAGUGGAUGUUGCAGGUGGAGAAGACGGCUUCUGCUUGAACAUCACUGCUGCGCUUUUAGAGCUCGCAAAGGCUGAGCAGCAACAGCAGCAAGCAAGGCAGCAGCAGCAGCAAGCAAGGCAGCAGCAGCAGCAAGCACAGCAGCGGCGUGCUGCAGAGGCAGCAGCAUUUGACACAAAGGGCCCCAGCAGCAGCAACAGCAGUAGCAGCAGCACUUCUGAGCUUGUGUUGCUGACAGACUUUUUGCAGCAGAUCUACGAGCAUUUUCGGAGUUGGCAUUCGAUUCCAUGUUGCGAAUUGCGACGGCAGAAGCAGCGGCAGCAGCACGCAACGCGUGCUGUAAAUGCAGUGCUCGAGGCAGGGGGGCAUUCGCGUCUUGCGCUCGCUGCAGAGGAGCUGGAGCUCGUGCCUACAACUCUGCAGCUGCAGCACUUGCUUGUGAUGCCUCUUCGGCAGCUGAGAACGAGUGGACGGCAUCUUUUGCUGCUCGAGACGCUGCAGCAAGGCUUUGCUCUUGAGCGGAUCUCAGCACUGCGCGCGCUCUUCUCACUGCAGGUUGAGCCUUGGCUGCUGCCGGUGCUGCGGCUUCUCUACGGGAGGGCAGACGCCCCUCUGGCACACGUCGAUCCUCUUUUGCUCAACAGUUUGCUUCAGGAAGCAUUUGCGAGCAGCAGCAGCAGCAGCAGCAGCAGCGGUAUUACCGAGAGCAAGCGGCAGCUGUUGAAGGCACUGGAGGGUCCUCAGACGGCUUGCCAGCAGCAGCAACAGCAACAGGGGAAAGACUCCCUCAGCAGAACGCAGCAGCCUGCGGCAGCAGCAUUGCCAGGGCAUAACGAAGGCGUUGCGUGGCAGUUGCACACCCGCAUGCGCGCAGUGCUACGGGAUGUAAGUGGCGAUUCUGAAUCUGUCCACGACAGCAGGAGGGGGAAGCAGAGCAACAGGAGUAGCAGUUUGACAGCAGGGGUAAGGGCGGGGUAUGCCGCUCUGUAUGCGGAUCUCUUUUCACUGCAGCGGCAGCAUGCAGCACUCAGCGAAAUCGUGAUCUCCCUAGAGGAAGCUCCAGAAAUCCUCAAGACGGCUUCCCAAAGAACGCUCUCCUUCUCCUGCAUGCAGCUAAAGCAGAGGAACCUUCGAGCUGGCAUUCCGACUAUUCUGCCUGAACAGGCCCUUGCAGCUGCUUCAGCGAUUCUUGCAUUCACCUUGGAGCUGCGGCGAGCUGCUCUGGUGUCUGAGCACCUCCCGGAAGUUUCCCCUGUGUUGGCUGCUGCAUUCCAGCAGCAGCGGCGAGGCUUCAGCGGCGCUGCCAGCAGCGCAGUCCUCGCUCAGUUCUAUGGAAGAGUGCUAUCAGCUAGGCACGAGCUGCUGCACCUGCUGCACGGGAUGCAUGCAUAUGCGGGUCAGUGUAUCUACGCAACGGAGGCGCCGCUGCUGCGGCUGCUGCUGCAGUGCAGCAGCACGGAGGAGCUUGCUGCGCGGCAUGUGCAGCACCUGCUUUUGCUGCUGGCUGUGCUGCUCGUUCCUUUGUCUCCAGAGGCAGCAGCGGCUGCCGAAUCGGAUGCAGCAGCGGCAGCAGCAGCAGCAGCAGCAGCCGCGAGUGGUGUUGGUGGGGUCACUGCAGCAGCAGAAGCAGCUGCAGCAGGUGUCAUCCCCUCUUCACCCCUGAGUUUCGCCUUAAAUGCUGCCGCAGCAUCACACAUUCUCACUUUGCUGAGAGCACCUUUGCAGUUGCUGCAUGUCUUGCGGCGUGCAACGGCUGCUGCAGGACUGCAGCAGCAGCCUUUGUUGCUGCUGCAGCAAAACGAUCCCCUCAUGGUAGACUUCUCGGUGCCUGAUGCUGCAGAGCAGCAAGAAUCGCAGCAGGAGCAAGAAGCAUGCAGGAGUGCGUCGCAGACGCCUCGAACUCCCCGCCGCUCCCUCGAGCGCUUCGACAGCAGCAGCCACAGCAGCCCGAGGGAGCGCAUGCAGCAGCUGAGGCUGCAGCCAGUCCUAGGAUCGGCUGCCACUGCCACGAUACGGAGAUGCAUGCAGACUGUAGAGGCAAUCCACUUCAACGCGCGGCGCGCUGGUGUGGCAGUUGUUUGCCUUGCGAAAGCUGCUGCUGCAGCACUGCCAGGGACUGGGGAGGAAGACAUUCAUGACAAUCCACGUGCUGCAGCAGCAGCAGCACGCGUGGCUGAAGAGUGUCACCACAGCUGCUACAGCAACCAACAGCAGCACCAGCAGCUACAGGCGGUGCCGUGCGCCGCCACUGCGUGCCCACAGGUAGCACAGAGACUCGCGCUACUCCUGGAGGCCUUAGACGGCAAUUCCUUCUACACAAAAUUGCUAGCUGCAGUGGUGCCCAGCUAG